AUGGACCCAGAGUCUAGAAUUGAUGAGAAGAAGCCUCAUGUGGUGUUUAUACCAUUUCCAGCACAAAGCCACAUCAAGUGUAUGCUCAAACUAGCAAGACUUCUGCACCACAAGGGUCUUCACAUAACCUUUGUCAACACCGAGUCAAGCCACAAGCGCCUUCUCAAGUACAGUGGGUUGCAUGGUCUAGACACGGCUCCUGGUUUUCAAUUCAAAACCAUUCCAGAUGGUCUCCCUUCUGAUGACGACACUGAGCGAAAUCAAUCCGCAGAGGCAGAGCGACUCUUCGUGUACCUUUUGACCAAUUUCUUGGGUUCCUUUCUUGAUCUUGUAGCUGGACUUGAAAGUCCACCGACUUGUAUUAUCUCAGAUGGUUUCAUGACUUUCACAGACACUGUUAAAGCUGCUGCUAAGCUCAAGAUCCCGAUCAUCCUUUACUGGACCCUUGCAGCUUCUGGAUUCAUGGCCUAUUACCAGACCAAAGUUCUGACUGACAAAGGACUUCUCCCGCUCAAAGAUGAAAGUUAUUUGAAUAACGGGUACACUGAUACCCUUAUAGAUGGGAUUCCGGGAAUGGAAGGAGUCCGUUUGAGGGAUCUACCCAAACAUAUGUUAGCCACAAGCGCCGAUGAUCCUGCAUAUAAUUAUCUGUUGGAAUCAGCUAGGACAGCCGAUAAAGUUUCACACAUGAUCCUCCAUACUUUCGACGAAUUAGAAGCUACUCUUGUCAAAGAACUUAAAUCAAUAUUUCCUCGAAUCUACACAGUUGGACCUCUACAAUUACUUUUGAACCAGACCAACCAGACUAAAAGCUCAAGUUUUAAUGGCUAUAGUUUGUGGAAUGAAGAACCCACGUGCAUCGAGUGGCUCGAGUCAAAGGAACCAAACUCGGUGGUGUAUGUCAACUUUGGAAGUUUAGCAGUAAUGUCUCUACAAGACUUACUAGAAUUAGGUUGGGGACUUGUUAAUAGCAACCAUUAUUUUCUUUGGAUAAUCAGGACUGAUAUGGUUGACGGGGGAUCAGCAAUUCUACCAUUGGAAUUUGAGGCGGCUGUUAAAACGAGAGGUUUUAUUGCAAAUUGGUGUUCACAAGAAGAGGUCCUCAACCACCCUUCGGUUGGUGGGUUUUUGACUCACGGUGGUUGGGGUUCAGUGAUCGAGAGCCUAUCUGCGGGUGUGCCGAUGUUAUGUUGGCCAGUUUCUCAUGACCAAAUGGUUAACUGUCGGCAAAUGUGCCAGAAUUGGGAGGUCGCAAUGGAGAUCGAGAGGAAUUCGAAGAGGGGUGAAGUUGAGAAGCUUGUAAAGGCAUUAAUGGAGGGAACUGAGGGUAAAAGAAUGAGGAAGAAGGCCAUGGAGUGGAAGAACAUGGCGGAAAUUGCGACAGAUUGUAAUGGAUGUUCGUCUUUGAAUAUCGAAGAACUUGCCAAUGAAAUCACAAACAUGUCAAGAAACUAG